CAGGAAUGCACUUGUUACAAAACAUGGAAAACUAGCAUCCAGGGUUUGGGGUAGUUUCAAAACAGAUGCAGGAUAGUGAGUGGUAGUGAAAUAUCGACACACUUUCAGCUGAAUGUAGGAAGUGGAAGCUGUCACUCCAUGGAUCCCAGUCCAACCACAGCUUCCAUCCCGAGCGACUGUGAAACAGAGUUGGAAACUAAAACUUUUAGGUCGAGUUCAAUCUGGAGCUGGUGGCCUUCCUGGCGUCCAACUUCCAUGUCCCUUUUGAAGACUACAGAGUCCAAGAUUCUCGCCUGUAUUCACAAUGAUCUCUGGGCCAGGUUUGUGACCCUUCCAACCCAGGACCGAAUAUGGACGUUGACUGUCACCAACAAGAUGGUGCGCAAACCUGCAGAACAAGCUAAAAAGACUCCCCUGGUGAUGGUUCACGGCUUUGGAGGAGGGGUCGGACUGUGGAUCAGAAACUUGGACGCGCUGAGCCGGUCGCGGCCCGUCUACGCCUUUGACCUCCUGGGCUUUGGGAGGAGUUCUAGGCCCCACUUCCCCUCAGAUGCGGCCGACGCAGAGCAGCAGUUUGUUAACUCUAUUGAAGCAUGGAGGCAGUCUGUGGGUCUGGAGAACAUGAUUCUGCUGGGACACAGUCUGGGAGGAUACCUGGCUACCUCUUAUGCCAUCCAACACCCCUCCAGGGUGUCGCACCUUAUCCUGGUGGACCCCUGGGGUUUCCCGGAGCGCUCCACGGCGCAGGCCCAGGGGGGUCAGGGCGCAGAGGUGGCGAAGAGGCCAUCCAUUCCUCGCUGGGUGAAAGCUGUUGCAGCAAUUUUUUCCCUCUUCAACCCGCUGGCAGUCAUCAGAGCAGCAGGCCCAUGGGGCCCAGGAUUGGUGAACAGAUUCCGUCCCGAUUUCAAAAGGAAAUUUGAAGACCUUUUUGAUGACAACACUAUGACGGCGUACAUCUACCACUGCAACGCGCAGACACCAAGUGGGGAGGUGGGCUUCAGAGCCAUGUCAGAGUCCCUGGGCUGGGCGAAGAGGCCGAUGCUGCAGCGAGUCCAUCUCCUGCCCUCCUCCAUGCCCGUCACCAUGCUGUAUGGAGCACGGUCCUGGAUGAGCAGCUCAUCUGGGGACAGAGUGGCUGAGAUUAGAAACCAGGCUCACACAAAAGUGCUGCUGAUAAAUGAUGCCUCACACCAUGUGUAUGCUGAUCAGCCAGGAGAGUUCAACAGAGUGGUUGAAAAUAUAUGUAAAUCUGCAGACUGAUCCUGCACCGCUGGUCUCCAAGGACUGAAAGUACUGUACAUAAAGAAUUCAUUGUGGUUUGCAUGUGAAGCCUCCUGAAUCCUAAAUGAUGUCGCUUUAAGGCAUAAACAACAUGAGUUUGAAUGUAUUUUUUUUAAUUCUACCCUAAAUGUUAUGUUGAUAUUUGUGAGCCAGUGUAUUUGGUAUCAUCAGGAACUUUAUUUAUAACUUUGUUUAUGUGAUCACACAGAGCAUUAGCCAUUCUUCUUCGUCCAGGUUAUUGUUUUGUCGAAGGAGACAUAUUAUGACCUUUUUUUCCUUUUUCUUUUUUUGAAAGCUGGCACAAUUAUCUGAGAUAUUAAUGACUUUGGUGUGUCUUUGGGAUGCAAUGACUGUGAGAGAUACAACACACACAAAAGAUCUCUUUUUGACCAUGUCUUUACAACUCUGUUCACAUCAGCUUAUUUGAGUGGGUGGAGUCUUUUUCUUUUUUUAAGUUUGUGUUGGAGAGUUUCACUUCCUCCUUCAGAGGUACAAAUAUGAAAAUGAGUGGAACCAAAGAUGGGAAGCUGGAUAAUUCUACUCCGACCCUGCAGGAUCCCGCACAAGGAAAACAGCCCACCUUUCUCUAAAGCUGACACAGUUGACUUGUGUUUCCAUGAACUUUUGGUGACAUUUUUCAGUUCUUCACACUACAGAUUUACAUUACUAAAGCUCUCUUUUCAACCUUGCCUUCUUUCCCUGGGAACAGCUUUAGGGGGUGGAGCGAGUCACGAAGAUCAUCCCCCCAACAAGGUGUCUCUUCUGACAGUGGUGGUGGUGGUGUAGCUUUGUGCUCAUAAAUUCAGGGUUAUAACAAUGCAUGUGCAUUGGUAUGAAAUUAGGCAGCGAUAAAGAAGAGGAAGCUUGAUAAUUCAUACCUCACCUGGAUGUGUGACAUCGUUUUACCUUGCAAAUCUGAACGGCCUGCCAAAUGAUAUGUUUUCAGAUGAAGGUAGAACCAAACAAAGCGUAGAGGUUUCAAGUUUAUAGUCACGACAGACACCCAAACCUUCCUUGAAAUAGCACAAAAAAUGUUAUUUUUUUGUUCUUUUUAUUUUUCUGCAUCCUCGUUUAUCACAAAGUGAAAUAUUUAUUACUGAGCAAUCACAUGGCUACUGAUUGAUACUCUUAACAUGUGCCUGUUACAGUACUGUUUCUUUGCCUCCUGCUCUUAUGUAUUUCUCACUUGUCAUUUAGCUUGUCUGUAUUUUAUACUUUUUUGAAGGACUUUUGAAAAAAGAUUUAUUGGCUAAAUCACCAACAGAACUUCUGAUCAACAAGGCCGAACCAGAACAGGUCUGCAGCAAGUAUCGUUUCUACAAAGUUAGUCAGUGUAGGUGGAACUCAGAUGUUGGUAUUAGGAGCAAAAUUACCUCUCUGUAUCAGAUGUUAAAUUUAUAUGUAUAAUAUUUAUAUAUGUUGAAAUUUACUGUCAAAAAAUGAUCAAAGAGGUAAUUUUUGUGUCUCUUAUUAUAUUCUGGAGCAUGCUAAUAAAAAAAAACCAACAACUGUGUUUUGGGAAUUUUCUUAGUUUUACAGUCAGAUUAAAGUGUCUGUAAAUACGACUUUUC